GUCUCCAGCUGGUUUGACGCAGUUCGGAGAAGUCCGCUCACCGCCGGUGCGAGCUCCAGCUGUUGCCACCGCUGUCCGCCCCGCUGCUGCUCUUCCCUCCGCCGCUGCCUUCAUUUCUGAUGCAGCAGCGACCAUGACAGGCAUCGCAGCUGCUUCCUUCUUUUCCAACGCUUGCAGGUUCGGGGGCUGCGGACUUCACUUCGACUCACUGUCCGAGCUCAUUGUACACAUCGAGGAUAACCACAUCGAUACAGACCCUUGUCUCCUGGAGAAGCAAGAGCAGCAGCAGCCAUCAUAUGUUGCUCUCAGCUAUAUCAACAGGUUCAUGACAGAUGCUGCAAGGCGAGAACACGAGGCCCUGAAGAAGAAGGUGCAGCCCAAGUUGUCUCUGUCUCUUACAGGCAAUCUGUCACGCAGCAAUGUUUCCACACCACCCCGCCACACCAGUGGAAACCUCACCCCUCCAGUCACCCCACCCAUCACCCCUUCUUCUUCCUUCCGCAGCAGCACACCUACAGGCAGUGAGUGUGAUGAAGAGGACGUAGAGUUUGAGGAGUCUGACAGUGAUGAGUCGUGGACCACAGAGAGUGCCAUCAGCUCUGAGUCCAUCCUCAGUUCCAUGUGCAUGAACGGAGGAGAUGAAAAGCCUUUUGCAUGCCCUGUUCCAGGCUGUAAAAAGAGAUAUAAGAAUGUAAACGGAAUUAAGUAUCAUGCCAAGAAUGGCCACCGAACUCAGAUACGGGUGCGCAAACCCUUUAAGUGCCGGUGUGGGAAGAGUUACAAAACAUCUCAGGGUCUUCGCCACCACACAAUCAACUUCCACCCCCCCAUCUCUACUGACAUGAUCCGCAAGCUGCAGCAGUAGAGCCCGAGUGAGUUACCAACGCUUGCCUUCAGGCUAUGUCAACAACCAUCUAAAGACCACCAUCACCAGCAGGGGCUGUUUCCCUUUCCCCACCCCUUUUCUUCCUUACUCAUUGUAUUUUGCUACACUACACACCAUUGCACGAUUUAAAUACGUUACUAUUCAACCAUAUUUUUUUAUGCAGAAUGUUGAAUCUAUAUUCAGUUCACAUUUUUGCGUUUUGCACAUUUAAAGUAUAAUUUAUUUAUUUAUCUAUGAUUUUAUGAGAUAUGGUGCUCAGUAGAGAUGAGGGCAUGUGGUAGCCCAGGUCGCAAGUAGCCUGGCGUGUACUGUAGAGUGAUCUGCUUUAAAGGGAAGAAGAGAAAAGAUUUGGAUGCUUUGCUGACAAAGAAAGCAGCCAUAAAAUGCAGCUGUCAUGUCAAACGGUUUCUCUUCUGCGGCUAAAAUGUGACAGAGGCAAAUGAAAAAUGGAUGUGUUAACUUAUAGCAUGAGAAUCCAACAUAAAACCUUGGUAUUUGGCGUUCUCUAAUAUUUUUAGUGUUAUUGAUCAUUUGUUGGACUUAUUGUAGUUUCUUUCAUAUCACGAAAAUUCCAAACUCUUUUUGAUUGAUUUUACUGCAAACACGUCUGAGCACCAAAGGAAUGAUCUCAGGUGAUUUUUUUUUUUUGCUAACAUGUCAGCACCAUAAUCCUGUUCUGAGUUCUGAGUGUUCUGAUAGUAUUUAAGCUGUUCAGUGGAAUUGAACUCUGUAUCCUGACAGCUUCCCUAAAUACAUAAGCAGUUUUCCAAGCUUAUGUACAGUAAGGGAUAGAAGCACUUUUGUAAAAGUUGCCAAACAAAUUAGCAUUUUGUUUCUAGUGUAUAUACAGCAAGUGUACAGUUGCACAUUCUACAUUGCUCCACAGAAAGAUGUACAUCAAUCAUUUAGUCUUUUCAGUAUUGUGAGAUUUCUGUAAUAACAGCUGUUGCCUUGAAAUGUAAACCAUUCCAAAAAGUCUUUGUAUAAUUUUGAUGGUUCAUACAGAUUCAGCUGAACACGGCAGUCAGCCCAGACUGUUUACUAUUCACUGACUCUCUGAGGCCUGUUCUAUGACGCAAGGUCACCAUACCCAGAAUAUAUUUUCCUUAUUUGGGUUCACUUACUUGAACAUCUGCAAUGACACAAAGGUGGUUAUCAACUUGGUAAGUGAACCCGGCUGUUACCAAUUCCUCUGUGGGUUCAGUCACACGAAGGGGAUGGUGUUGGUAGCAUCUGACCAAUCAGAAUCACGGACAGGUCUACAGGCAGCAGAGUGACAUUACAAAGGUUUUCUAAAUUUUUCUAAAAUUAAACACAUAAUGCAUACUAAAAGCAUGGAUGCUGCAGAUAAAUAAACUGUGAGUGUGUGUAAUAAUUAACAAAAAAAGAGCUUUUUGCUCUAGUGUAUAAAAAUGCUGUAUGAAUGUUUGUAUUGGCUCCAGCUCCCCUGUGAUCCUGGAUUGGAUAAACGGGAGAAAAUGGAUGAAUGUGUGUGAGCUUUAAGUACUUUGGUCAGCAUUACUAAAAAAAAAAAAAGCACUUAUUUGAAGUCAUGAAAGAAAGCCAAUGCUGACUGUAAAUUAACAAACUUGUCAGUAUUACAGCUUUAUAAUUAACACAGGAGAAUAUAACGGUUUACAACUAAUUAAUGUUUAGGUGUGUUAGACAGGUUAGAAUUAAAAUAUAGGCUUAGUCUAUAUGCAAAUUUGAUCUAAGUACAAAUAGGUGUCCCCUUUUAGGAUUGUAUAUUAUUGUUUAGAUGAAAAUGUUUCUAUAAAGUUGUUUUUAAAUUGUUUGCAGUCAACAAAAACAACAAAAAAAAGUUGCUUCUAUGCAUUUGCAUUUCUUAUUGAUGCCAUCAGGGAAAAAUAGACUUUAGACCCUCUUAUGAUCCCCACACCAAGGUCAGAGGGGUCUUCCAAGAGCGGGGACACAGUUUUAUGCUGAACUGACUGGUCAGAUUUCGUACCUUUUGAACUGUUAUUUCAAAUACAACCAGCAGAGCAGGUUAGGUGUGCAGCAUUAAGCUAACAUGGCAGUGUACGUUACUAAUAAGUUUUCUGGAUGAGCCCAAAUCUUGCUUCACAGUACAGGCCUCAGGUCUUAAAAAAAAACCUGUUGACUGUCAUGAAUAAUAGUAAAAACAAUGAACAACAGUAGUAUCAGUAUAUUCAGGAAAUUUCAUUUCUCAUAGUCCUGUCCUUUGGCUGUGAGAGAAACACGUGCAGCUCUUACUUUGUGCCAUAAAAAUGUUAACCAUUUGUAAUUAAAGUAAUUGAAAAAUGAGUAUUAAAUUAUCAAAACUGAGCCAUUAUGUCAUUUUCACAGCUUGGAUGUUAGUGUUAAGGAACUAAAGUCCAAAUAAGAAUAAUGGCAAGACUGAACUGCCAGUAUGGAGAAAAGUGUUUGAUAUAGUGUACAGUGAAUGUAUUGUCCAGUGUCAAGUGCAUUAAAUUAUAUUUUCAUAUCUUUCCAAAGUUUAAAAAGUGUAUAGAACUAUGUAUGAAAAGGCAAAACCAGAUGAUGUACUGUAUUUCUUCAAAAAAGCUGCUUCAUGUAAACAUUUGUUACUUUACAAUAAAAGUU